ACUAACAUAUAUUUUUAGGCAUUAAAUGUUGAAUACAUAUGCACGUAGUUUUAACAUUUUCCAAGAAGAACUACAUUUCCCAUGAUGCUUAUCGGUGAAACCGCAACGAUUCCCUACAAUGUGUCUCAAACUGUUAAUUUAUUCAGUCAAAUUACAGAGUUGUUCUUAUCUUGAAAAGGAGGUCAUUUGGGCUGCUUUUUAUCCUGAACGUCGUUGCGAUCUGGCAACCCUGGUCGGCGGUUUCUCACAGGAUGAUGCGGAGAGAGGACGAGCUCCAAGAUGAUGGUGACAGCGAGAGGAGCAUGCAUGGGGAUUGGUGCACAUAAAUAGCCCGCCAAUGGCAGAAUAAGCAUCGCAAACACAACAAGGCAGCGAGAAAAAACGGAAGAAAAGGUGAAAUCGCAGCAGAAGAGAGCGAGGAUGGGUGGAGGAGAGAGCGAGGAGAAGGUCCGUCAGAUGAGGCGGCCAUGCACCGAGAAGCAGCACGUGACCGGGAGGCUUGGAAAGAACGCAUCUAAAGCAUGAGGACGUCCAAGAAGGGAAGCGUGGAGAUGCCCGCCUUCGUCAGGCAGCUGGUCAAAGAGACUGAGAAGAGGGUCAGCUCGUUCUUCAAGGGGGGGCGGGGAGGAGCGGCCGAGGGGGAGCGCCCCGUCGACGGGGAGAAUGAGAAAGAGGAGGCGCUUCCCAGCCCUUACCUGGACAGGCCCGUGCUGGACAAACUGAGCGAGGAGGGCUGCGUCCGCUGGGGUCUCACCUACGCCCUGUCCAGCAUGCAAGGAUGGAGAGCCAACAUGGAGGACUACCACAACUGCGUGCCUCAGCUCGGGGGGGAACUAGCCGAUUGGAGCUUCUUCGCCGUCUUCGACGGGCACGCGGGCGGCACGGUGGCGCGGCACUGCUCGCAACAUCUUCUGGGGCACAUCCUGGCCACAGGUGGUCUGGGGCCUGAAGAUGACCCCGACAGGGUAAAAGGGGCCCUGACGGAGGGUUUCCUGCAAACGGACAAGCACCUGCACACCGUGGCCCGCCGAGAAGGAUGGGAACGAGGCGGCACCACCGUCGUGGCCGCUCUCAUCUCGCCCUGCAACAUCUACUUGGCCAACUGCGGCGACUCCAGGGCCGUCUUGUGCCGCUCGGCUCAGGUGCGCUUCUCCACCGAGGACCACAAACCUUACAGCCCCCUGGAAAAAGAGCGCAUCGAGAGCGCCGGCGGAUCCGUGUCCCUCCAACGCAUCAACGGCUCCCUGGCCGUCUCCCGGGCCCUGGGCGACUUUGGCUACAAAGGGGCGGAGAACAGGACGCCCAACCAGCAGAUGGUGUCGCCCGAGCCGGAGGUGAGCGUGCUGGAACGUUCGCCGGCCGACGAGUUCCUGGUGCUGGCCUGCGACGGAGUGUGGGACGCCAUCGGCAACGAGGACCUCUGCGCCUUCGUCCGAAACCGGCUGCUGGUCUGCACCGACCUGAGGGACGUCUGCUCGCAGGUCAUUGACCUCUGCCUCUAUAAGGGCAGCCUGGACAAUAUCAGCAUCAUUCUGCUGUGCUUCCCCGGCGCUCCCCAGCUGUCCACCGAGGCGUUACACCAGGAGGCCGAGCUGGAGGAUCUGCUGGAGUCCAAAGUAGCAGAGAUUUAUGAUGAGCUAUGUGCCAGAGGGGAAGAUCCUGAUUUGCUGGCUGUCCUCACAAUUCUCGCAUCUGCAGUCAUCCCGGGAUUACCACCAGGGGGCGGCAUUCAGAGCAAAAGGAACUGCAUUAUUUCCGCUUACUACCAGCAGAGAGAAUUGCACAAUCCUCAUGGUAUGGAAGGCUCUUGAAGAGGCAGUCUGGAUGGCGGCGUUGUCAGUAAUGUCAAUUUGAACUGUUUUAUUCAUGUUCCUGGAUAAAAAAGGGAUAUUAUGUCUGUUUACAUCAUCCUAGCGAGCAGCACCUUGUCGUAACGAAUACAAUGCAACAGUAGGUCGAGUCAGUUCUGAUACAUUCUAUAUUUGUACAAUUAUAUAUAGCGUAUAUGACAUUUUGUAAGACUUACUCAGCGACACUGACCCAGCAACAAAACCUGCCUCAUAUUCAGUAAACAGAAGACAAACAAAAAAAGUCUGUCAAAACUGAAUAGCAGCAACUGUGAAAUAACACGAGUGGAUACGAAUGUAUUUGUAGGAGUCAAGGCAAAUCUCAAGUUUAUAUCGGAGAGAAAAUGCACUAUAUUAUUGAGACAUCAUCUCUUGCAAGAGCUUAGCAUAGGGACGGAAAACGUCCAAAAUAGGGCUGCCGCGACCGAUUCGUUUGAAAGUCGAUGAAUCGACAAUUAUUUUUGCGAUGAGUCAACUCAUCUAUGAAUCGCCUGAUUACUGUUACAUUACUCUGAGCUUAAUGUGACUCUUAAAGUGCCUGUGACAGCAUAAAAAAAAAAAUCUUAAAUGGCAUUUUAUGUGAAUUGGAAUCAUAUUUUGAGACGAUUCGACUAUAUACAACAAUUUAGCAAAGCGCAGAUGACGAGAAAUUAGUCUUUUAAACUGCCGUUUAGCCUCGCCUGUCAUUAUAGCGCUCUAGCGUCCCCAGCUGGAGCAUGACGUCGGCAGGGUCAUGAUUUCAUCUGAUUUAGAAUUCAGCCCAUUGAGGGGGAGGAUUCAGAAUGGGGGGAAAGUGAGGGGAAACCGACAGAUUUAUGAUCAUGUUUAAGUUAAUAAUGGUAGGCAUAGACAUCAUAAUAUUAUGAAGUCUAUUUUUUGAAACCGAUACGAUAACCGAUAAUAUAUAUAUAAUUUUUCAAUGUAAAUUCACCUGAGUUUUUGAACACCUGUAGGUCAAAAAUACUAGUUGUGGAUUCAGCAUAGAUUUGCCUUUGACCUAACCAGAAUUUUCAUGAUGACAUAAACAGCAGUUACGUGAUGAUUAUCAUCUAAAAAUGUGAUAAAUAUCAUGUAAAAACAGGAUAACUAUCAUGUAACAACGGGAAAUCUAUGAUGUAAAAACAUGAUUGCCAUCAUGUAAAAACAUGAUAUCUAUGAUGUACAAAUUAUUAUGACGUCAUCCCAAUAAAUCCAAUAAC